ACAAGAACAAGCCAUUAUGGUUGUAAAAAGAAAGUUCUACUAUAUUUUACUGACAUUGCUUUUCUGCAUGACAUUCUGGAGUUUCCAAGUCACAUGUCGCACUCUCCAAGAUGCCUCGAUGUAUGAGAGACAUGAACAAUGGAUGAAUCGUUAUGGCAUAGAGUACAAGGACCCUGAGGAAAGGGAUAAGCGUUUCAGAAUAUUUAAGGAAAAUGUGAAUUACAUCGAAGUCUCCAACAAUGCUGCCAAUAAACCUUAUCUGCUAGGCAUUAACCAAUUUGCAGACCUCACCAACGAGGAGUUCAUAGCACGCAGAAAUAGGUUCAAGGCCCACAUGUGUUCCUCAAUCAUAAGGUCAACCACUUUUAAGUAUGAAAAUGUGACUGCAAUUCCUUCUACAGUGGACUGGAGGCAAAAGGGUGCAGUUACGCCUGUGAAGAACCAAGGUCAAUGUGGAUGCUGUUGGGCGUUUUCCGCAGUUGCAGCAACGGAAGGAAUUCAUGCACUCACUACUGGGAAACUGAUCUCUUUAUCUGAACAAGAACUUGUUGAUUGUGACACAAAAGGUGUAGACCAGGGUUGUGAAGGUGGUUUUAUGGAUGAUGCCUUCAAAUUCAUCAUUAACAAUCAUGGACUCAACACCGAAGCCAAUUACCCCUACAAGGGUGUUGAUGGAAAAUGCAAUGCAAAGGCAGAAGCCAUCGGUGCUGCAACCAUUACUGGCUACGAAGAUGUCCCUGUUAACAAUGAGAAAGCCCUUCAGAAAGCGGUGGCCAAUCAACCAGUUUCUGUAGCCAUUGAUGCAAGUGGCUCUGACUUUCAAUUUUACAAGAGUGGAGUCUUCACUGGUUCUUGUGGAACUGAACUGGAUCACGGUGUGACUGCUGUGGGAUAUGAUGUUAGUGAUGAUGGGAGCAAGUAUUGGUUAGUUAAGAACUCAUGGGGAACAGAGUGGGGUGAAGAAGGCUACAUUAGGAUGCAAAGAGGUGUGGCUGCUCAAGAAGGACUGUGUGGCAUAGCUAUGAUGGCAUCUUAUCCUACUGCAUAAUUAUCAAAAUUUGUACCUUAUUUCAAACCUAUGUUCUUUUGUGUAAAACAGUGUAUUCUCUUAUGAAUCAUUGUAUAUGGAUAUAUGACCAAUGAUGAAAUGAAAAAUUAGUCUUGUCACUAAACAUGUUAUGAUGGUUCAUCAUUCAUGUCAGCUUUAUCUAUUCAUUUAAUUUAAUGUGUAAUUGUAACUAACACUAACUAGUGCAAUCGUGGUGGUAUAAAAGGAGACGCUUUCCUCUCUCAUUCUGUUUAUAAAUAAUGGCAGAAGAAUUACCAUCCGCGAUUCCGCAAUAGCAAGGAAGCUCCAUGAAGAAACGGCCUUCGAAGAAAGACAAACUAUGGCUGGACGACUAUCUCCGUCUCCUUCAUUCUCGCCAAACGCUUCACCUAACAAUCAAUCAACUUAACCAGGUCAUCCGCAUUCACGGCUUCAAGAAAAUCCACCACGCUCCCAAGAAGGUGCUGGUGGAGGCGGUGGAGUCACUGGAUCUUGUAGAUGUGCCGCGUUCGACCCUGCGUGACAGCGUGUCAGCGUUUGCGGCGGUGGCACUGGAGGACGUGUUGGCGGAUUUGGCACAGCUCAAAUGGCAAGAGUGCUGCGAAACCUUCGUCGAGAGAAUCAGUUUCUCCGAAGGCAAGAGCGUGUUGCUUGCUUCAUCUGAUGAGAGCUUCCGUGUCACGAGCCAGUCGAAGAGUAUGGACAAAAUCCGUGACUUAAUCCCUUAAGUUUCCCGGAGAAGCCUGAAACCGACAAAAAUGGUGCCAAAGCGUAAGAGAGGUAAGGUUCCCACUCUCGACUCUGUUGCCUCAACUGUAGAUUCCGCUUCUCUUGCUUCCUGCUGAAUCAAGGAAUGAGUAAAAUGUUAAAUAGGGGAAUGGAUACGACACUAGGUAUGAAUGAGUUCCAAUGUCAGGAUAUUCUCAACGUGUAUUCCCUUUAAA